AUGCUGGCCUCCCGCUUUGCCAGAGCUCUUCCACGAGCAACUCCCACAGCUGCACGAUGGGCCGCACCUCUACGAAAACCUUUAGGAUCUAGCUUCGCUCGAUAUGAGUCGACGGAGGGCAAAGUUCAAGGUGCCGUCAUCGGUAUCGAUCUCGGUACGACGAACUCAGCUGUUGCUAUCAUGGAAGGAAAGGUUCCCAAGAUCAUUGAGAAUUCAGAAGGUGCCCGAACAACACCGUCCGUAGUAGCGUUUGCUCAAGAUGGUGAAAGAUUAGUCGGUGUCGCUGCGAAGCGACAGGCUGUUGUUAACCCAGAGAACACUCUCUUCGCCACCAAGCGGUUAAUUGGACGAAAGUUCACCGAUGCCGAGGUCCAAAGAGAUAUCAAGGAAGUCCCUUACAAGAUUGUACAACACUCCAAUGGCGAUGCUUGGGUGGAGGCACGAGGACAGAAGUACUCGCCGUCGCAAAUUGGUGGUUUCGUCCUGAACAAAAUGAAGGAGACCGCUGAAUCCUACCUCAGCAAACCAGUUAAGAAUGCUGUUGUCACCGUCCCCGCCUACUUCAACGACUCUCAACGUCAAGCCACCAAGGACGCCGGUCAAAUUUCUGGUCUCAACGUCCUCCGUGUUGUUAACGAGCCCACCGCUGCCGCUCUCGCGUAUGGUCUAGAGAAGGAAGCUGAUCGAGUAGUUGCCGUCUACGAUCUUGGUGGUGGUACUUUCGAUAUCUCGGUUUUGGAAAUCCAGAAUGGUGUUUUCGAGGUCAAGUCGACGAAUGGUGAUACUCACUUGGGUGGUGAAGAUUUCGAUAUCCGCCUGGUUCGCCACUUGGUUCAACAAUUCAAGAGCGAUUCUGGCAUUGAUCUAUCUAAUGACCGCAUGGCUAUCCAGCGAAUCCGCGAGGCCGCUGAGAAGGCCAAGAUCGAGCUUUCUUCCUCUCUUCAAACCGACAUCAGCCUUCCUUUCAUCACCGCCGAUGCUUCAGGCCCCAAGCACAUCAACACCAAGAUGACUCGAUCCCAACUUGAGAGCAUGAUGGACCCUCUGAUCACUAAGACUAUCGAGCCGGUCCGCAAGGCGCUCAAGGAUGCGAACCUACAAGCCAAGGACAUCCAAGAGGUUAUCCUUGUUGGUGGUAUGACUCGUAUGCCUAAGGUUUCCGAGUCGGUCAAGAGCAUUUUCGGCCGUGAACCCGCCAAGUCCGUCAACCCCGACGAGGCUGUCGCUAUUGGUGCUGCUAUCCAAGGUGCUGUUCUGUCUGGUGAGGUCAAGGAUCUCUUGCUUUUGGAUGUCACCCCUCUGUCCCUCGGUAUUGAGACCCUUGGUGGUGUUUUCACCCGAUUGAUUAACCGUAACACGACUAUCCCCACCAAGAAGUCCCAGGUCUUCUCCACUGCCGCCGACUUCCAGACUGCUGUCGAGAUCAAGGUUUACCAGGGUGAGCGUGAACUCGUUAAGGACAACAAGCUUCUAGGAAACUUCCAGCUAGUUGGUAUCCCACCGGCACACCGUGGUGUUCCUCAGGUUGAGGUCACCUUUGACAUUGAUGCCGACUCUAUUGUCCACGUCCACGCCAAGGACAAGAGUACCAACAAGGACCAGUCCAUCACCAUUGCUUCCGGCUCCGGUCUUUCCGAGUCUGAAAUUGAACAGAUGGUUGAAGACUCCGAGAAAUACGCUGAGCAGGACAAGGAGCGCAAGCUUGCCAUUGAGUCUGCCAACCGUGCCGACAGCGUUCUAAACGAUACCGAGAAGGCUCUCAAUGAGUUUGCCGACCGACUAGACAAGACUGAAGCUGAUGGUAUUCGAGAGAAGAUCACUUCUCUCCGAGAAUUCGUCAGCAAGAGCCAGUCUGGUGAGGGUACUGCCACUGCUGCGGAAAUCAAGGAGAAGACGGAUGAGCUCCAGAUGGCCAGCUUAAACCUCUUCGACAAGAUGCACAAGGCUCGUUCUGAGUCCGGUGAGUCAUCCGGCAAUUCCGAGUCCGGUUCUUCGGAAUCCAAGCCCGACGAUGACAAGAAGCCUUAA